AAUCUAAAAAAAAAAAAAGGAACAGAAAUCAUAUAAACAUGGAAUCCCUCAGCCUCAUUCCCUUGUUUCUGUGCUCCGGUGAAUGUUUCGACGCCUUUUCUUAAUUAGGUUUGUGGGGUUUCUAGGUUUACUGGUGGUUUCUCUGUUGCUUUGAUCAAUUAUCAUGGAAGUAGGCAGUGGGGUCUCAGAAGAACCAAAAGAUGUUUAUUCGGUGUGGGCACUUCCGAUGGAAGACGUGAGGGAUAGGUUAAAGAAGGUAAUGCACGGUCUCCGAUCAGAGUUCGGAGGUCCAGAGUUCGAACCCCACGUCACCGUCGUUGGAGCCAUUCACCUCACCAAGGCCGAUGCUCUGCACAAGUUCAACUCUGCCUGUGAAGGUCUCAAAUCCUACACGGCCCGUGUUAAUUCGGUUUCUACAGGGACAUUCUUCUACCAGUGCGUGUACCUCCUCCUUCAUACCACUCCGGAGGUGAUGUCAACUAGUUCACACUGCACAAGCCAUUUUGGAUACAAGAGCUCAACCCCUUAUAUGCCGCAUUUGAGUCUUCUUUAUGGGGAUUUAACUGAUGAUGAGAAGAAAAGUGCUCAAGAGAAAGCUACACUUCUUGAUGAGGACGUCAACACCCUAAGCUUCCAGAUCUCUUGCCUUGCAUUAUACAAAACAGACACUGAAGACAAAACCCUUAAAUCCUGGGUGAAGGUUGCUGAAUGCAGUCUCAGUUAGUCCCUUUUUUCCUGUGGAUGUCUAAUAAAAGAUCUGCACAUGAUGCUCUUUAUGCAAACUGUAACAUACAUGCAAGGUAUUAUGUAAUUUGCCAUGGAUUCAGUGAUCAACCGUGCUAUGAUGGAAGUGGAUGA